AUGACGAACUACAACAUCACCAUCACCUCAGACAUAGUAUGUCCUUGGUGCCAUAUCGGGCGAGCCAGGCUGGCCAAAGCCAUCGCCCAACACAAGAAGACAUACCCAGACGACCAGUUCCAUCUCAAAUACAUGCCGUUCUACCUCCAGCCACCUCCUCAGCUCACUGCCACCAACGGAGCUAUUCCACCACCGUUCCCCGUGGAAUCCCGCCCACGCAGGGAAAUGUAUGAAGCCAAGUUUGGCCCGCAGCGAGCGAAUCAGAUCGAAGCCAUGAUGCGCCAGGUGGCCGCAGGCGAGGGUCUGAACUUCAAAUUUGGCGGCAUGACCGGCCCCAGCCGGAACGGACAUCGCUUGGUCUACUGGGCUCAGAACCGCGGCGGCGAGGAGGCACAGAACAAGGCCCUAUUGGGUCUUUGGAGACGCUAUUUCGAACAGGAAGUCGAUAUCACGACCCUGGACACGCUUGCUGAAAUUGGCCUGGAAGCUGGCCUCGGCUCCAAGGAGGAAAUCAGAGAGUACUUGGAGAGUGGGAAGGAUGGAGAGGAGGUCGACAGGCUGGCAGAAGAGGCGAGGCUGAAAGGCAUCAGUGGCGUCCCGCACUACGAGAUCAAUGGCCGCUGGGAAGUUGGUGGUGCUCAAGAACCCCCGGCUUUCACGAGAUUGUUUCAGCGCUGGAAGGACUUGGAGGCACAUGGUCAGGUACCUGGUUCCGAGGCGAAAAGGACUACUGGCGACGGCUGCUUGUGA